ACUCCAAUCAGGUCGGAGCUCAGUAUAGUUUGAAGCUGCUAAAUCGCAAAAUGCUGCACAGGUCACAGCUUUUACUGGUCGUGGUCGGGUUCUGCCUGAACGCAGCCGCUUCAGGGGAUGUCGACUGCAGCAAGCGGCCGAAGUUUGUCGAUCCGAGGACCUGUUGCCCCAUGCCGGAUUUCAUCACCGCGGAGCUGAAGGAGAAGUGCAAUGCGUCCGAUGUGACACCUCCACCAAGGCCCACCGAUGCGAGCGGUUCGUUCGAGAGCAAACGUCGUCACCACCAUCCCCAUCCACCACCGUGCCUGAUGGAGUGCAUCUUCAAUGAGACGGGCAUCUAUCAGAACCGGCAUCUGGACGAGAGCAAGCUAGAGGCCUACGUCACGGUGGUUUUUGCAGACAGCACGGAUCUCCAGAAUGUUGCCACGCAGGCGUUCGUCAGCUGUGCCGAGAAGGUGGCUGAUUUCGAGGCCAAGCUGAGUGCCGAGCUGCGUCCACGUCCCUCUCCGCCGCCGGGCAUGCCCAUCUGCUCCCACGAUGCCGGCCACCUGAUGGGCUGUGUGUUCAAGAAUCUGAUGAAAAACUGCCCCGACUCCAUAAGGAACGAUGCCCAAGAGUGCACCGAUAUGCGCGAGUUCUUUACCAACUGCAAGGGACCUCGCGGUGGGCCACCCUUCUUCUCCGAGAAGGUCUAGACUCUCAGGCAAGGCGGGACAACUAAUGUCCUCCACCCAACAAUAAUUUUAGGGCACGCGACCCAAUAAAUUUUAAAGCUCAACGCA